AUGGAAGAAGUUCACAAUAAACUGGCAGGAGGGAAAACAUUCACUGAGCUCGAUUUAAGCCACGCUUACGAACAGAUGGUCCUGGACGACGCCUCGAAGGACGUGGUAACGAUAAACACGCAUCGUGGUUUGUACCGGUACAACCGUCUGCCAUAUGGUGUAUCAUCUGCGCCUGGAAUUUUCCAAAGAACGAUGGAAAGUUUACUCAACGGAAUUCCAUACACUGGCAUCCUCCUUGAUAACAUUUUGAUUUCUGGACCGACGGAUGAAGAACACCUUCAGAACCUGGAAGAAGUGAUGAAGCGUCUUUCUGAAGCUGGGUUACGUCUAAAGAAGUCGAAGUGUCGUUUUAUGCAACCUACCCUCGAGUGUUUGGGUUACCGUAUCGACGAAACGGGUAUUUAUCCAGUUGAAGCCAAGGUGAAAGCAGUUCAAGAAGCACCUACACCUACCAAUGUUACCGAGUUGAAAGCAUACUUGGGAUUGCUCAAUUUCUAUGGUAAAUUCUUACCAAAUCUGUCAACUGAGUUAGAGCCACUGUACCAGCUACUUCGUAAGAAUCAGAGAUGGAAAUGGAACACAGAACAGAUUCGUGCAUUUGAACGACCUAAGACUUUGUUACAAUCUGCAACAGUGUUAGUCCAUUAUGACCCAAACAAGAAAUUAACCGUAUCCUGUGAUGCUUCACCCUAUGGUGUUGGAGCGGUUUUAUCUCAUGAGAUGCCAGAUGGGAGUGAACGACCGAUUGCUUUUGCAUCGCGAACAUUGACAUCUGCCGAAAAGAAGUAUUCUCAGCUGGAUAAAGAAGGAUUGGCUAUGGUAUUUGCGGUCAAGAAAUUCCACCAAUUUCUAUAUGGCCGACAUUACACUAUUUACACUGAUCACAAGCCACUACUUGGGAUUUUCAAAUGUGAGAAACCCGUACCAUUAAUGGCAUCCGGCCGAAUCCAAUGAUGGGCUUUGACUUUAGCAGCGUACGAGUAUGACCUGAUAUAUCGUCCUGGUAAAGAAAACGGAAAUGCAGAUGCUCUUAGCAGACUACCUUUGAAAAUUGAGCCAAAGUCUACACCAAUACCACAAGAAGUAGUAAAUUUGGUGGACCACCUCAAUCAAAGUCCAGUGGAUGCUUUGAAGAUCAAACAGUGGACCUUGCGAGACCCCGUACUAUCACAAGUACUUAAGUUUACACUUCAAGGGUGGCCAUCGCAAGUGAAUGAUGAGAACAUUAAGCCUUACCUCACACGAAAAGACGAGAUUAGUGUUCAAGAUGGAUGUCUGUUAUGGGGAUCGCGGGUAGUGGUUCCUCCCAAAGGAAGAACGGACGUCCUGAAUCUUUUACACGAUACUCAUCCGGGAAUGUCACGAAUGAAAAGUUUAGCUCGUGGACAUGUUUGGUGGCCAGGAAUCGAUAAAGAAAUAGAAGAAAAGGCAAAGAAAUGUUCAACAUGUCAAGUACACCAGAGGACACCCCAAAGAGUACCUUUACAUCCCUGGGAAUGGCCACACUGACCAUGGUCCCGUAUACAUAUCGAUUACGCAGGCCCUUUUAUGGGCAAGAUGUUUUUACUGAUAAUCGAUGCUCACUCGAAAUGGUUGGAUAUUCACAUAACCAACUCGUGCAAUACUCAGUCAACGGUCGAGAAACUCCGCAUGACAUUUGCAAAUCAUGGAUUACCGGAGAUGGUAGUUUCUGAUAAUGGUCCAGCUUUCGUGAGCAAGGAAUUCGAGGAAUUCAUGAAAAAAAUGGAAUUCGACAUGUAAAAUCUGCCCCUUAUCAUCCUUCAACGAAUGGCUUAGUCGAAAGAGCUGUGCAAACGUUCAAGAAAGCGAUGAAGAAGCAGAGUGGAACUUUGCAAACUCGUUUAUCUCGAUUCCUAUUUAAGUAUAGAACCACACCGCAUACCACGACAGGUAUAUCGCCCGCGGAAUUAAGAUGGGGAACCAAGUUACGAUCACACUUGACAUUAUUACAGCCAGAUGUUGGGAAAACUGUACGUUAUGCUCAACAUAAGCAGAAGAGACAUUGUGAUGAACACGUAAGACAGCGUUCAGUCUCCAUUGGUGACGAUGUUUUCGUGAGAAAUUAUUCAAACCCGAAGUUUCCAUGGACUGCUGGAAAAGUCGUUGAGUCUACGGGCCCAAUUUCUGCGAAAGUUGCAUUAGAUGAUGGAAAAAUGGUACGACGUCAUCAGGACCAAAUAAGUUCCUCGAGCACUAAAGAUUCGAGUAUUAUUGCUCCCGAAGAAAUUCAAGAAAGUAAUACUUCCACAGAGGAAACUCAAGCUCCUGAAACUCAAGCUCCUGAAACUCAAACUCGACGUUAUCCGACGAGAGAAAGGAGAAGACCCAAGAAACUAGACGAUUAUGAACUUUGACAUUCUAAGUGUUAAUAUUCAAGACGAUUAUUUAAUUAGGUUAUUUAUUGACACAUUUUUAAGAAAC